AUGUCAACCAGACACGAAAGUGUGAGAGCUACGCCGAUCGAUACGGCAUUAGACCCGAAGCCCUCGGCUAUUCCGCACAACUGCCGACGCAACAAACGUGUAAACUAUGAAAACUUUGGGGCAUGGUUUAUUGGUCUUAAACUAGAGCUCGAACUCUUCGGCGUCAUCCAUCACCUCCACUCUAAGUGCUCCGAUUCUACAGUUGGUGGUUGCAGCGAAAUUGUUGCCGAUUCAAAGUGCCGACGUAUCAUGAUCGACUCCAUUGACGACAAGCUCGUCACCACCGUAUACAAGAACCACCUGUCUGAAGCACCCUGGGAAUUCUUUGAGUAUAUCUGCAUCACGAAUAAUACCGGCAGCCAAGGACGUUUCUGGAACGGUAUAAAGAAACGUACUAAUUUCACUGCCACUGGUAUUACUGAGUCCAGUAUGCAAGCCCUAUAG